AUGUUUUUUAUUUCUCAAGGGAGGUACCAGGCGCAGUUUUACUUGGCCUCGAUCGUGCUGGCCAUCGAGUACCUGCACGAGCGGAACAUCGCGUACCGGGACUUGAAGCCGGAGAACAUUUUGCUGGAUUCUCAGGGAUACGUCAAACUCAUCGACUUCGGCUGCGCCAAAAAAAUGCAGGGAAGAGCCUACACGCUCGUGGGAACUCCGCACUACAUGGCGCCGGAGGUCAUUUUGGGAAAAGGAUAUACUCUAACAGCAGACACUUGGGCCUUUGGGGUUUGUCUUUACGAAUUCAUGUGCGGCCCUUUGCCCUUUGGAAACGACGCGGAGGACCAGCUCGAGAUCUUCAGAGACAUUCUCGCAGGCAAACUCAUAUUCCCCCACUACGUGACUGACCAAGACGCCAUAAACCUUAUGAAGCGGCUGCUGUGCCGUUUGCCUGAAGUGCGGAUUGGCUGCUCAAUUAAUGGAUACAAAGACAUUAAGGAGCACGCCUUCUUCUCGGACUUCGACUGGGACAGACUUGCAGGGAGAGAUUUGUCUCCUCCGCUUUUGCCUAAGGGAGAAAUCUACGCAGAAGACGCGGAGGAGGGAGGAUUGGAUAUUGAGGAAGACGAGGGCAUAGAACUUGAAGACGAAUAUGAAUGGGACAAGGACUUCUAA